UACUCGCUGUCAGACCAGGCACUGAUUUUUGAUCUGUCUCUCCUCCGAGUGGAAGCCCAUCUCCAAUCACAACAUGACAAGCUACACAGAUAAGGGUGAGAAGCACGCAAGGGGAAGAUUUGUGAAGUUUCAUCACAUCACCUUCUGGGUUGGCAAUGCCAAACAGGCCGCCUCGUUCUACUGCGACAAGAUGGGCUUCGAGCCUCUGGCCUACAAGGGUCUGGAGACCGGGAGCAGGGAGGUAGUGUCUCAUGUCAUCAGACAGGACAAGAUAAUAUUUGUGUUUGAAUCGCCUCUAAAUCCUGGAAAUGAAGUGAUGGGACAACACUUGAUGAAGCACGGAGACGGAGCCAAAGACAUCGCAUUCCAAGUGGAGGAUUGUGACUUCCUAGUCAAGACAGCCAAGGAGCGAGGAGCUGUGGUCGUCAAGGAGCCCUGGGUGGAGCAGGACAGCCACGGGAGGGUCAAAUACGCCGUGGUUCAGACGUACGGCGAUACGACACACACACUGGUUGAGUACCUUGGACCCUACAAAGGCCCUUUCCUGCCCAGCUACAAAGAACCUCUGUUCAGGGACCCUCUGUUAGCCAAACUUCCACCAUGCGGUUUGAACUUUAUCGAUCACAUUGUGGGAAACCAGCCAGAUGACCAAAUGGUGCCAAUCUCAGACUGGUAUCAGAAGUGUCUGAUGUUCCACCGGUUCUGGUCAAUAGAUGACAAGCAGAUCCACACGCAGUACAGCGCGCUGAGGUCCAUAGUGGUGACAAACUACGAGGAGACCAUUAAGAUGCCCAUCAAUGAGCCUGCCAUGGGGAAAAAGAAGUCCCAAAUCCAGGAAUAUGUGGACUACAACGGGGGCCCGGGCGUCCAGCACAUUGCCCUCAACACGUCAAACAUUAUUCAGUCCAUAGUGAACCUGCGUGCCCGAGGGAUGGAGUUCCUCGCAGCGCCCGACACUUACUACGAAUCCCUGCGGGAGAACCUCAAGACUGCCAAAAUCAAGGUGAAGGAGGAUCUCGACCGCUUACAGGAAUUGAAAAUCUUAGUUGAUUUCGAUGACAAGGGCUACCUCCUCCAAAUCUUCACUAAGCCUGUGCAGGACAGACCGACGCUUUUCUUGGAGGUCAUUCAGAGGAACAACCACUUUGGCUUUGGGGCAGGAAACUUCAAGUCUCUCUUUGAGGCCAUUGAGAAGGACCAAGACGCCAGGGGCAACCUCACUCUGCUGACACCCCAAGGGCAGGCCAAAGCCUUCUACUGAUCCUCUGACUGCUGCUGCCAAACCGCCGAGACUGUUAAAUAUGGCUGCAGAUUUCAGAUCAACAACACCAACCGCAACUGCAGUGCAUCAAACACAUAAGCAGAGUGUUGAAUAUCUUCAUGUGACAAGCUGCUGGCGUUAUCAGAUAUGCUUUAAGCUGUCACUAGAUUGCACAGUGUUUGGCUAAAUAAAGAAACUCAUGUUCA